AAUACCUAAAAAUACCGUCGCCAUAUUGGUAUUGUCAAAAAUUUCGGGAUCUAUCGGUACGUUGGAAAAAAUGAUUUUUUCUCUCAACACAAAGCGUAUUGGAAUUGUACGUAGUAUCUGAUUGAAUGACCUGUGACUUUAGAUGUUGCGUUCACUGCGUCCAGUGCACGAUUACUUUUUAGAAUAAUGUUCUGUUCUUUGGGAAAAUGUAACGAACGGUGUGGGGUUGGGAGUGAUACGGAAACCGGUGAUGGAUUGGACAACUCUAUACCUGUGGAUGAGGUGGCCUCGGCCGUCGCUGCUGUCUCGGACGAGAUCGGGGACAUCCUGAAGGACGAGCUGGGAGACGCCGAACGCGCUGACAGGAUCGGGGCUGAGCUAGCGGACCUCACAGCCGAGUUAGGCCGCCUGGCUGGUCUCACUGGCGAACCCCAACAAAAACUUCCCUCCCUUUUCGAGCUCGUGAUCGGUCAUCAAGUAGUGGGCGGGCGCGGGUCAGGCAGUGGUUCUUCAUCUUCGUCAUGGUCUGGGCGGGGCCGAGCAAGACGACCGACCAGGCAAAGAGCGGCUAGGCGGCGACCGAUCGCCAAAGGAAAGGAGAUAUCUCGUCUUCGGAGCGCGGUCGCACGUCGUGUCGCGAUGCGCGUUCGUCGUGUCGAGGUCGUGUCGGACGCGUCGGAUGUCGGAGCCGACUCCGAUUCGGACGAUCAGUGGACGGAGAUGGAUGAAAACUCCGGCAGCACAGAUAGCUCUUCAGGCAAAGAUGUUGGAAUGCAUAUGGACUGUCCAUCGUACCAACACAAGGGAUCGCAGGUGGAGCCGCCAGCGAUGGGUCAGUUCCUGUUGCCGCUGCUGUCUGGGGCUGAACAUGGAGCGCCCCCCGAACAUGAGCAGUUCCUCAUCAGACACGAGGAUAUACUGCAGUUGCUGGCCUCAGCGGAAGAAAAUGUAAGCGAGGACCAACCAGCUCGUGACACGGGAUUGGAGGCGACGCAUGACGUUGUAUCAGAAUUAUAUGACUCGGAACCGGUUGUGACACCUGAAGAUGAGGCAGCCCUGCUACACUAUGUCUGCGCUGAACCACCACCACCAGAGCCCUUCAAACCUGUUGAGGAGUGGCUGUUGGGGGUCUACCAUUCCUGGUGUGAGAUCAGUGCUCUCAUGUACACCCUCGUUGGGACCAACAUGAGUUCAGAGAUGUCGAGGUCGCCCUGGUCGUACGUCGCUCGUUUCGGAUGUCACUGCCGCCUGUGUCUGUCACUAGCCAAUAACGAAACGGCCCUUCAGACCUGGAUGCACGGACUGGUAGCCGAGUUAGCUGGGGGUAGCACAGCACCGCUGGGAGCCAACAUUGUCCGAGCGCUGGGGCUUUCACCCGGAGAGCAUCUACCACCUUCCACCUGGGAUAUUGCUAGACUACAGAGGACUGCUGUCUGCGAUGACAGUCUAUCGAUAAUCCAGAAUCACCUGGUAAGAUUGUCCCAGGAGAAUGACGUGACCAGCCAGAUUGUGAACAACAUUUGCCUAUGCAGAACAUAUGACCGGCCCUUCGAGAAGCAAUAUGCAAUGGAAAGAUUCUGUAAACUCCUAGAAAACUUCAAGACUGCAUCUAGUAUAACAUUUAAGGUGGAGAUGGUACCCAGCGAUGGUGGCGACGGCACCAUCGCUGGUGGUGGGUGGUGGCGGUCAAGGCUGGCGAACAAGUUGGCGCCCCACCACGCCCGCUCCACCAGGGAGAGACUACAACACAUGGCGGCUAGGACGGCGCCGCACGACCUAAGCGCGUGGGCGGGCUACAAACAUCGAUGCGAUUGUCUCACACCUAGGACGCUAUGCGCUCAGCAGAGGAAACAAUUGCUCAGGAUCUCGUUCUUCGGCAUGAUGCAGGCUGUGAACGAAUUCAACGGCAAUAAAGAUUCUGAAAAGCCGCCGGUGGACGUUAAGGAUAACUCAAGUAGGGAGCUACAGCAGGGUGAUGGGACAGGCGCUAAACCUCCGGAUUCCCUGGACGACGCUAAUUCUCUGGACCUCAGCGAUUCCAACGUGACAGUGGAUCUGGAUGAUUUGUCAUCAUCGUCAGCGGACUCCCACGGCCAGUCCACUUCCUCGUUGGACUCGGCCUCCGAGCUUCUGCUGGCGGCUGCCGCGGCCGUGGACUCGGGCUCCUCGGGCUCCGGCGGCGGUCAGCUGUGCCGCACCGUGAAGCAGCUCAUGAGAUCUAUAGCGUCCAUAGAGAGGCUCAUGGACAGGGUGCUGCAGCACUGCGACCGGUGGGGCGACCGGGAUGCCAGGAAGCGUGUGGAUGUUGGUCUGUCUGAAGUGGAUCGGAAGCUGAUGGCGAUGUACCGUCGUCUGCCGGAUGUGCACAGGAGACAGCUGCAGCUGUACAGGAAACAGAAGAGGCUCUCCACUGUGUGUACUCAGCUGGUGGGCGGCCGAGCACCAGCUCCCCCGCCGCCCGGGACUCCGCCCCCCGCCCCCUCACAUGCGCCCUGCAGGCCCCUCUGUCCGGAGUACCACCUGCAACGGUUUAAGGAGGUGCGUCGGAAGGUGAUGCAUAUGAGAGACCAACAGCUAUACUACCACAGACUGAGGAUUUGGCUCGAAGACCAGCUCAGGGUCGAGAGGGAGAGUCAUCCAGAAUGCAACGUGACCCUCGUAGAGGAUUUGCCAAAACGCAAGCGACGUAACCUCAGUCCGAAGUUGCCAAAAAUGAGUUCAGCGCCGAAGAGAAAAUUGAAACCCACCCUCCACAACAGCAGACCUCAUAAGAUACUCCAGCUGUUGAAGAACAGAACCAACGAGGACAUGUCCCCAUACAAAGACAUCGACGACAUGAAGGAGGUGGAACCGCCCGAAGCGUUCCCUCUGAACAAGGACGAUUUGAGCGACGCGGAAACGAUAGUAGGGGACAAGGACGACCUCUGCAAGGAGAUGAAGGAGUGCCUAGCGAAAUUCGCAAACUUCGCCCUCAAAGACAAGGAAGCACCCGAAAAGGAUUAUCCUGAGUCCAUCAGUCCGCCGUUGCAGGAGAUGUCCCCUACCACCGUCGAUCCGCCGCUGUACAAUCAGAAAUCUAGAAUAAUAAACAAAAUAUCCAGCGACAAGAUCGAUUUCUGUCAAGGGCCGGAGAUCAACGUGCCGUUGAACGCCAGGGCGCCGCCUAAGGAAGACAAGGACGAUGACAAGAACGAUGUCUACAAAUAUGUGACGUUUGGGCUGAAAAUCAAGAAAGCUAUGGAGGAGUGCCAGAACAUAAUAAACUCGUAUAACAGAGGCGGCGAUAAGAGGAAAGUGGAGGAGCCGCCGUCCCUGGAGCAGAUCAUCGAGGUAAUGAUGACGUUGGACAAGAAUUCAGCGGAGUUCCUGGAGAAGAUGCUGUCAGAGGAUCCUAUAGACGAGUCCAUAGACAUGAACAUGGCUGUGUCCAAACUAUCGGAACUUUUGGAGAACAUGAUGCCGCAGACAUUGGCGAAUAUGCCGGAGAUUGCUACGAAACUGUCCGAAUUUGGGGCGGCUGAGCUUCAGGAAAACGGUUCCGCCGUCAAGAAUCCGCAGCCCAACGAGACCCAGCUAACCCCGGAGACACUGAGACAGAUACGCGAGAUAAAACUAUCGAAACGGGAUGCCGUUAAAGUGACCAAGAACACGGCGAAGAGGAAAAUCAGCCGGAGGAUAAGAAACGACGAGGUGUUCGAAUUUGAGGGCGCUCUGAACGACAUCGUGAAAGAUGAGAAGGAUUUACAGAAUCUGAUCGGCAACAAAACGAACAAGGACGAGAUCAAGGACCUGGUGUAUUCUAUAUCCGCCCAAGUGUUCGUUAACAAAGUGUUCGAAAACGUCAAAGACAAGACAGCAGCAAACAGGACAGAGGACAAGGACACGUCGCCUAACACUAUCAACUUUGAAAUGUUCUCAAGAAUGUCGACGCUAUUCGACAAUUCCUUCAAGGCGGCCAUGAGCAUGAACGAGCUGAGGAGUCUGGUCAAAUGCCGCGUCAACUCGUGGAAACAGUACGUGGCUGCGAAAUUCAAAAGCAUACCUUUAGAGCUACUCGACAACGAAAUAGAACCGAUGAUAGAGAGGUUCUAUUCGUAUAUACAGGAAUCGGCGUCCAAGCAAUGCUGUAACGAGAGCGAUAAGAUCAUUGAGAACAUAGAGGAGUUGAGGAAGAACGAAGACAGCAACGAGUCCGACAGCGAGAGCUGCCCGGCCUCCAAGGAGACCUUGAAGCAGUACACGAAGCUGCUGAACACCUUCGCUCUGAGUACAUUUGACUUGCUCAUAAUGAAGCUGUCCGAUAUGCCCAACGAAAUGAAGUGCACCGUGAAAAGCUUGAAGUUCAAAUAUAUAGACGUCAUCCGGCGGUGCGCGGAGUCCGAACAACUCGUGGCCUGGAUACUCCUGGAUCCAGAGACAGCCACCACGGUCAUCCAGGAACUGACGGCUCUCGAAGUGAGGAAAGUGGAUAACGCACCGAACUUCUCGAAUCUGAGCAAUGAAAGGAAACAGGAAUAUUUUAUCAAUAGAUUGCACGAAAUGAAUAGACAGUACAUGGAAUCGCUGCCAAAAAAACGUUUGACCGGGGACGAAUGGCUGGUCAUACUGUACAGGCUGGAACAGCUAGAGGAGAGACUCAAAGACGCCUUCUCCAAAGUGCCCCAACCCACCAAAGCCAUCGUUCAGACCCAGAACGCCAGCGAGGCGGAGAUAUUAGCGGCGAGGGGUCUCAGCAAGAUAAUCGGCAAGGCUAACGUCAGAAUAGUCAAGAAACCGGAAAACCAGCCGGUCAAACCGAAAAAGGAACCGGAAAUCGAACCCAUCAACGAGAACGACGACAAGAAACCCAAAAACGACGCGCCUUCAGCAAAAAACGAGGCGACACCGACUUCGAAAGCCGAAAACAACCUCUUAGAUAGCUGCAACACGAUCAAAUCCUAUUUAACAUCAGGAUUUCCGGUGCCAGAGAGCUACAAGAAGCACGUCAUAUCACUCUGCUCGACCAUAGACGCCAAACUGCUGGACAUUGAGGAAAACCUCAUAGACGAGGAAGACAAAAACGUGUCCAAUCAAAACCCGGAGCUCCUCGCGAAAUACACGGCUCAGGCUCUAAGAAACGCCAAGGAGGCGUUGAACGCGGUCGCCUUCGGUAACAUGACUAGGAACGGGCAGACCAAGUCGGAGAGCGACGUCUGCGACACGCCCAAGAACAACUGCAAGUGGACCAACGACUGCGUCUGCGACAACUGCAAAGAUGACAAGAAGGACGACAAGAAGAAGAUAAAGAAGGCUGUCAAAUGUGAGAACGGGAACCACCAGCAGCAUGUGUGUAAAGCCGGCCAUGGCGUGUGUGCGGGCGAGGGCGGGCCAGACGCGCCGUGUAACUGUUGUUAUUGCACAGUGUUCGGACACGCGCCCCCGCUGACGACUCCUGUACCGAGGAACUUUAAUGAGACCAGAGAACGACUGAGAUCUAUACUGAAUAAGAAGAAACAGAAGUGUAAAACUAAUGGUGAGGUGGAAUCACCAACAGAGCGUUCGCCCCCUCAGCCCACACCCCCGGCAUUACCGAAAACCCUGCCCCCGGAUUUGACGACUCAGGCGCAGCAAAAGAGACAGGCUAUGGAGCAGAAACAGCUGGCCGACAAAAUGUCCGACAAGACGACAGACAAGAUGACAGACAAGGGGGCUGACAAAAUGGCCGACAAGAUGGCGGAGCUUGUUGUCAAAGAAGAGCCAGAAAUUCAGAACCCCCCACCACCACCGGCCCAGCCAGUGAAGACGGAAGGCAAAGUUAACGCAGCGGCAGUAGAGAAAAUAAGACUGGAGAUUCAAUUCAGACAACAGCUGAGACAGAUGCAACAGCAGCAACAGCCACCGCAGCAGCAGCAACAACAGCCACAACAACCAGCGCCGCAACAACAACAACAGCAAAAGAAACCCGAGCCAAUAUACGAUCUGCCGAUACACAACAAGCCGACACUGACGCCACAACAACAACAGCAAAUAAGACAACAACAGCAACAACGCCAGGAUGCACUAAUUCGGCAGCAGAUGCAAAUUCAACAACAACAGCUGCAACAACAGCAGAUUCAGCAACAGCAGAUGCAGCAACAACAGGUGCAGCAACAACAGGUGCAGCAGCAGCAAAUACAGCAGCAACAGAUACAGCAACAGCAAAUCCUGCAGCAGCAACAGCUUCAACAACAGCAACAGCAGCAGAUGCAACAGCAGCAGAUGCAGCAGCAGCAGCUGAAGCAACAGCAGAUGCAACAACAGCAGUUACAGCAACAACAAUUGCAGCAACAACAGCUGCAACAAAUGAGGAGUCGACAACAGAACGUGUCUCUAUCUAGUAGAGAUACCAGUGUAUUCUCGACGUCUAGCGGCUGUUCUGGCGGCUCGUGUUGGCGUGGCGGGUGCCGCUCGGACCCGCGGGACCUGGACGCGCUGCUGCAGUACAUCGAGGGGCCCUCGCGACACGUUGACAGAGGGAAGAAGAGGGCCAAGAAACAGCGACAGAGGGGCAAGAGGAUGGAAUCCCGCCUGGUGAAUCAGCUGCAACAGCUGCAAUCAGAGCUCCAAUCCGCUCGAGCAACAGUCACCGCCCUACAGAGGGCGCACGCAUCGGCGAACAGGGACCUGACACACGCUAAAGCAACAAUCGCAGCUAGUAAAGGAAAGAAGGGUAAGAAGCAGAAAAUGAAUCCAUCCCAGCAGGCGAAGAUGCAGGUGGUUAUGGAACAGCUUAGUGAAUACACGUCCCUGGUUAACACCACGGCUAAGGAACUACAAAUAGGAGAACGAAGGGUAGCUGAAUUGACGCGCAGAUUGAGAGAAUGUGAGAAAGAGAUAGAGGAAGCUAGGAUACUACAGGGCAAGGAUGUGGCUGGCGAGCAUCAACAACAACAACAACUACAACAACAGCAACAGCAGCAGCAGCAGCAGCAACAGUUACAUCAGCAACAGCAACAGCAUUUGCAAGAAAGACAGAAGAACAACAUUACAGAUUCGACAAGGGUAAAUCACCCGCCAGCCGAGACGCAGCCAGUGCAGAAUGUUCCAGAAGUUAAAACUGAUAGCAAGAAGACCUGGGAACAGGCGAUCGCUCACAUCAACCAGUUAGCUAAGGGAGCUGCUAAAGAAAAGAAGAAACAGAAGGAUGCGCAGGCGCAGAAGAAAGACACGAAACAGAAGCCAUCGGAGCCGGAAGUGCAGCUGUCCAAGAAACAGAGGAAACUGUUGGCCAAACAACAGGCUGAGGAAGAAGAGAAGAAAAAACAACAGCAGGAGGCUAAGAGCAAAAAAGAUAAAACGGAACCUCUUAAAGUAGACAAUAAUAAAAAGAAAGAUAAAGAAAAAGAUAAGAAGGAGGAGAAGAAAGAAAAGAAAGAGGAGAAGAAGGAUAAGAAGAAAGAGGAUAAGAAAGGAAAGGAAAAUAAACAAGAAAAACCUGCACCAGCUAAAAGUAAAUCUCAAACUAAGAGGGAUAAGAAGGGUCAGUCAGCUAAUCCAACUGGUCAUUCAGGUGGUCAGGGUCAAGUCAUCAACAUAACGCCGGACACAACCAUAGAGGUUGUUAGCAAAAAGGUCGUGAGCAGCGCUGAAGCCGACAAGCCCUCGUCUUGUAGCAUUAUGGAACAACUGAGUAGUGGAGUCCAGGUCGCUGAUCUCAAGCUUCCACCGGGUAUAACACUGACCAGGGUCCAGCCCGGAGAGAAGAAAGAUCCGCCUGUUAUAAAGACACUUGCCCCGCCUCGUCGACCGAUAGUCGCUCCCACCGCCAUAGAACCACCCAAGAUAAUAAUACCAGAAGCGACGACGAAAACAAAGAAAGGCAAGAAGAAAGCGAAGAAAUGUGACGGCGAAGUGAAGCCGGAAGCCAAGAUGGUGACGCUCAGGAACCCCAUGUUCCAUCCCAACCUGCCGCCGGUGCAAGUGCAGCCGCAGAAGAACGAGAUACGGGUCCCCGAGCCCAUCCCCAUGCCGCCCGCGCCCUGCCAGGCCACCAUCACGCCGACCUCCAACGGCAUGUACACUAUACGGAACCCGCUCAUGUCCAUGAUGCACCAGCAGAACCUCAUCCGGACCCAGAACCCGCAGGCCUACCACUACAACUACAUCAACAGCUACGACCAGAAGCCGGAGACGGAGCAGAACUUCCACAACAGGAUCAUGAAUCUCGCGUCGUUCACGCAGAAGAACGACGAGGGCUACUCGCUGUUCAAGACGAACAGCAGCCAGGAGAAGAGCUUCCUCAGUCCCGAGUACUUCGACACGCCCAAGGUCUCCCCGAACCCGAUCGGCACCAGGCCGGGCUACGAGGACUCGCUGUUCACCACGGCGAUCCCGGAACCGAUCGGGCCGCCGCUCAGGAAGGAGGACUACAGGGGCUACACGCCCUUCGGCCAGGAGGACAGGAACGUGUUCAGGAACGCGCUGUUCAGCGACAAGCCCGAUAAGGCCGAUCACAUGAACGGCGAGCUGCCGUACUUCCAGCGGCUGCGGGCGGGCGCCAAGCUGAACAACGAGGUCACCGUGCACUAUGUGACGGAUUCGAAACUGUACAAGGGGCAGGAACACAAAGAGCCGGAUUCCUCACUCUUCUCCCCGUGGCCCAAUAACUGCCAGCCGGCGAUGAACGAGACGACAGAAGAGGCGUCGCAAGCGCACAGACCCGAGUCCAGCGUGUUCCUCCCAGACCGGUCUUUAACGAACCUGUCCAGUCUAGACGCGUCUGAGAGAGACAUAGAAUCCUUCAAGAGGUUCGACUUCUUCUUCGACCCGCCGCAGUACAAGCCCAAGGUCCAGCUGGACGUGCGCAACAUAGCGGACACCAUGAGACACAACAAAUAGAUUACCAUGUCACGUGAUUACCGUGAUUACCGCGUGAUUACCGCGCGAUUACCGGGCGACGCCCAUCACUAGGAACGGAUAUUAAAACUAAGCGCCACUUAUAUCAUUUAAUAGCAUCAAUUGUGUAACGCUGCUAACGGUUGUAAGAAUAUUGUUAAGGAAAUGUAUAUGAUAGCCGACU